UGAUGUUAUUAGUAUAAUAUUUUUUAAGAGUGUAUUUCUUUUGUUAUGCACACAUUUUGAUUGACGUAAAGCUUUCGUAAGUCUUGCAACACAAGAUUCAUCUUUUGCAUUAAAAAAAAGUCCUUUCCGGUUUAGUUCUUGGGGGCUAGAAGCCGUAGUUUCGGUUUUUAUUAUUUUUAAUCGCCUCUAAUCCACCAAAAUGAAAAUUUAUAAGGAUAUCAUUACUGGUGACGAGAUGUUCUCGGACACCUACAAAAUGAAACUGGUGGAUGAGGUGAUCUAUGAAGUUACCGGUAAACUGGUGACGAGGUCACAGGGUGACAUCCAAAUCGAAGGUUUCAACCCCUCGGCCGAGGAGGCUGACGAGGGCACCGACGCAGCGGUCGAGAGCGGAGUGGACAUAGUCCUUAACCACAGGCUAGUUGAAACCUACGCCUUCGGUGACAAGAAAUCCUACACAUUAUACCUCAAAGAUUAUAUGAAAAAAUUAGUAGCCAAAUUGGAAGAGAAGGCACCUGACCAAGUAGAAGUAUUCAAGACCAACAUGAACAAAGUAAUGAAGGACAUUCUCUCUAGGUUUAAGGAGCUUCAAUUCUUCACUGGUGAAUCCAUGGAUUGUGACGGUAUGGUUGCCAUGAUGGAAUACAGAGAUGUUGAGGGUGGACAAAUCCCCAUCAUGAUGUUCUUCAAGCAUGGUCUUGAGGAAGAGAAGUUCUAAUUUAUACGGCAUAAGUGAAACAUACUCAUAAUUCCAAUAUCAAAAUGGCGCCUGCUAAAUGUUUAUUUAAUUUAUUUUACUGAAUCAUGUCUGCAUACGCCUGGAACCGGCUUCUCCCAUCACAAGGCUGAACAAUUUUGUAAUUAAUGUUACAUACUAAAAAUAAAUUAAUGAACAACUAU